AUGGACAGGUCGCCGGUCCAGUCGCUGUUCACACAAUGGGUGGCAGCGUUCGACGAUGAUGGAGAGCCAGGACCACCUAACGGAACACCUCCAACUUCAAAGUUCGAGGGACCGUGGUUCACAACACAAUUGUUGCUAUCGACGUCCAUUGGUCUCACUUCCUUUCUCAUAUUUUCAUACUGCCGGAAACGAUGGCCACUUCAGUUCGCCCCUCGGACGAAGCUCAAAGGUUUCUCGCCUCAUGAGGCCCACGCCCAUCAAGCAUUCUUCGGCUGGAUACUGCCUACUGUUCGGACGUCCGAAUUCACUGUGCUGCAGAUUGUAGGACUAGACGCCGCCGUUUUGCUCAAUUUCUUCAAGAUGUCUUUCUACCUAUUCUCUGUCUGUUCCGUAUUCGCAGCGCUCAUCCUCAUGCCCGUGAAUCUCAAGAACAACAUCGACAUCGGCGACGGUCAUGGAGAAGACGGAGACGGAGACGGAACAUGGCCUCCUACAUUCGCCCCAGCCACUAAUUCAACCGAGGGACGCGACUGGCUUGACCUCGUCAGCGAUGCCAAUUCAUACCUCUCCGUGCAUCUCCUCUUCACCUACGUCUUCACGCUUCUGGCCCUGCACUUCAUCCACAAAAACUACAAGCGUUUCAUCCGCGCUCGCCAACUCUUCUCGCUCGAGCUCGUGCACUCCAUCUCCGCGCGGACGGUCAUGGUGACCCACCUGCCGGAACAUAUGAGGGGCGAGCGUGCUCUUGCGGAAUACUUCGAACAUAUGGACCUGAGCGUGGAGAGCGUGAGUAUCUGCCGGGAGGUGGGGUCACUGAAACGAUUGCUUGAUGUACGAACAGCGGCGCUUCUGAAGCUCGAGAAGGCAUGGGUGAAGUACCUUGGGAACCCGAGCGUCAUUGACCUAAAGAAGCCCGUCAUGCCUGUGGACCGUCUAGUCGAUGUAGAAGCGCCGGACUUGGAAGCUUCGUCUGAGCGCAUCGUCGUGCCGGGUCGUAAGCGGCCCACCAUUCGCCCGGAGCUCUUCAAGCCGAAGGUCGACGCGCUCGACCAUCUCGAACAACAAUUCAAGGAAGCUCACGAAGCCGUCAAGACACGACGUAAGAGUGGCCGUUUCAGAGCCACGCACGUUGCCUUCGUGACGUUUGAGACAAUGUCUAGUGCACAAAUCGCCGCACAAGCCGUCCACUGCCCCACGCCCCGUUCCUGCAUCACCCGUCUCGCCCCCGAGCCACGCGACAUCAUCUGGUCCAAUAUCAGCCACUCCCCUUCAAACCUCCGCGCUCGCGAGUGGAUCGUGCUCGGCGCCAUCGCGGUCCUUCUCCUAUUCUGGACGGUGCCCACGUCUGCGCUGGCUAGUCUGCUGAGUUACAAGGAGAUCAAGAAGGUAAUGCCGUGGCUGGCCAACUUGAUCGAUGCGAGUCCGCAAGUGCGCGCGAUCGUGCAGAACUCCCUGCCCUCGGUUGCAAUUGCAAGCAUUAAUGCCGUGUUGCCAUUCUUGCUGGAAGCCCUUACAUACCUCCAGGGAUAUCCUGCGCGUAGCUGGAUAGAAUACUCUCUGAUGAAGAAGUACUUUUUGUUCCUGCUGGUCAACGUUGUCUUCAUCUUCCUGGUGGCGAGUACGUACUGGCAGCUCGUGCGAGACUUUGCGAACUCUCCUGCGAGAGGCAUCGAGAAAUUGGCCUACGCGUUGGCCGCUGGAAAGGCCAGGCACUUCUUCCUGUCCUACGUCAUACUGCAAGGUCUCGGUAUCAUCCCUCUACAGCUCCUAAACUUGGGUGUUAUACUCCCUCGCAUUUUCAUCCGUCUCUUCACGCGAACACCCCGAGACUUCGCCGAGCUGAAUGCGCCACCGAUGAUCAACUACGGCGUGGUUUAUCCGCAAGCCAUCCUCGUCUUCGUCAUCACGCUGCUGUACAGUGUGAUCCAGCCGCUCAUCCUUAUCUUCGGUGCCGUUUACUUCGGGAUGGCCUACGUCGUCUACAAGUACAAGCUUCUAUUCGUGUUCUACAAGCCGUACGAGUCGCAGGGACAAGCUUGGCCCAUCACGUUCACGCGUCUCAUCUGGGGCGUAAUCAUCUUCCUCGUCUUCAUGAUAGGUAUAUUCAUCCUCAGGAAGUCGUUCGUCCUCUCGUCGCUCCUGGCGCCGCUGCUGGGUGGAACGCUCCUAUGGGCGUGGUACGAAGACAAGGCGUUCCGCCCGCUGAGCAAGUAUGUGAACUUGGGCGCGGUGUUCGAGGUGCAGAGGGGCGAGGACACGGCGGACGUCGUCCAAUUGAGGCAUGGGCAUCCAGUGACAUGGUCUCAGAGUAACCUGAACCGGAGGCGGUAUGCUCAGAAUGAUGAAACGUUGUAUGUCGCUCCCGAGGAUGAGCGAACAGACUAUUCUCAACCACCCAUGGCAAAUUGGUACAGCGGGGUCUUGAACACUGGCAAGCGAAGAUACGGGCACCCGGCACUGAAUGGUGUCCUGCCAAUGCCAUGGCUACCUCAGGCGAAGGAGCAACCACCUAGUACCACAAACGGUGCCCCGCCAGUCCCUGAGGAAUCCGCAGAAGACCAUACCGACCACGCUGUCGUGCUCACGCUACGAAAACGGCGCAGCAUCGUCCGGCCAGACAGCAGUCAGGUAGCUGGUCCCACCGAGGCAGAUGGCACCCCUGCCAGCGCGCCGGCCGACCUCGAUCAUAUCCCUUCACCAGGCGAGCAAUUGGCAUCGCCAGAGACUACUACGAACCCAUGGCAGGACAUCCAACCGCGACGACCGACGGCGCAGCGCCGACCACUGGCAUUGCAGCAUCGACUCAGCUACGACCAGGGCUCGGGCGUGAUCGUCCUGCCCGAGAACGACGAGUGGCUUGGCGACGAGGACGCCAGCUCGGACGAAGAGCCGGACAGCCCAGUCCGUUCUGCGCACAGCAGCCCUGGUGCAAGUGCGGAACGGCGGUCGAGUCUGCGUAAGCGGUAUAGCACAUACUAUCACCAUCCGGAGCGGCGCAGGAGUACUGUACCGCCGCAAUCGCCAUCGUCGUAA